UCAGCCAUGCUGGCUGGAGUGCAGCCGUGCUUCCAGCUGCUUCGGAUCGGGUCGUCGGCAGGCGAAUCUGCGCGGGACCUGUACACCUUCAGGCCGGCGCAGAACCACUCGGUGUUCCGUCUGGGUCGAGCGGCGGAGCUGUGCGACGUCACACUGGACUCGCCGUCGGUGUCCCGCAUCCACGCUGAGCUCGAAGCCGAGAGGGAGACGGUCGAAGGAGACGAAGCUCAAGAGGAGGAAGGAUGGAGGGUCCACAUUAAGGACAGGAGCAGCCAUGGCACGUGGGUCAAUGAAGUCCGCCUCCAGCCGGGCAUACAGUGGGAACUCUCAGACGGCGACACGCUGAUCUUCGGAGGCCAGACUGAUCCAGGGAACCCGGAGUUCUACUUCCUCUUCCAGAAGGUUAAAGUUCGCCCGCUGGACUUCGAUGCAAUCACGCUUCCAAAGGCGGGAACCUUCUCGUCCGACUUGCAGAACAGGAUUAGGACCAGCUUGGACCGCAAGGUAGCUGCCAACCUGGACCUUUCGAAGCUGUCCAUCAACAGAGCCACGGUCAUCCUCAACUCCAUCGGCAGCCUGAGCAAGAUGAAGGGCAGCGCCUGGACCUUCAAGAGGAGCCACAGCCACGAGGGAACAGUCUCUGACCCCGGCACCUCGACCUCGCCUCCUCUUGCUGUGGGCUUUUCCUCCCUGCUCCUGCCCUCCACUCCUCCAUCAUUCUCCUCUGCAGCUUCACUGCCUCAGACGAAAGCCCUCCCGCAGACCUCCAGGAGCAGGAGGAAGUCGGCUCACACGGUGCUGCUGGAGGACGACAGCUCAGACGAGCCCAGAAGUCGAGGAGUUUUGGCAGGAGUUGUGGAGGAUGGACAGAGAGCGCGUGGUAAGAAGAGGCGGAGGCUCUACAAGUCUGAAUCUGAAGGUUUCAGCUCGCCGCCUCCUCCUCAGCUGCAGCCCAAAACUCACAGCGACAUCCGCAGGCCGCUGGAGGCCAAGCCCUUCCCCGUCGGUAUCCGGACCAUCGGCAGCUUCCACGGAGCCAUGACAAACAGCAGACUCAACGAGCACCUCUUCCAGGCAUCCUUCACAAGCAAACAAGAGGUGGAGAAGGUGAACCGAGUCAAGACGGUGGUGCACGGAAACAUCGCGGCCUUCCGCCAGCAGAAGCCUGCCCAUUGCUCCCCGACCGCAGCGAGAGGGAGGCGGAGGGCUAACAGCUCCCCCGUAUUCUCCCCGUUGGUGGUGGGAGGGGAGAACUACAACCUGGCCUCGCCGUCGGUGAGGAUCCGCGCAGACGAGAGAGUUAGCGUGCAGUUCAACCGAUUUCAUCAUCCAACAGGUAAGCGACGCGGCCGCCCCAGGAAACACCCCCUGCCCCCACGGCCUUCCCUGCCCUCUCCAUCCUCCUCGUCUUCAUCCUCUACCUCCUCGGCCUCCUCCUCCUCCGGCUCCUCCUCUUCCUCCUCGGACGAGGACGAAGACGAUGACGAAGAGGACGACGUGAUGGUUGGCACGGUGGAGCCGUGCGCAGCGCCGCGUUGCCGGCUGCCCCAGCAGGACACGGUGCAGUGGAUCCAGUGUGACGUGUGCGACGCCUGGUACCACAUAGACUGUCUGCACGUCGACCGCAAGAAACUCCUGAUGGACCCCAACGCUGACUUCCACUGCGGCUGUCGCUGA